AACUCUGCGCUAGCCAUUCACAGUCAGUCCGCGGCUUGAACGCUUGCGCAGAACACCGUCUCUAGGCGCGUGGCGAAAAACUUUCCAACUAUCGGACUUUUCCUCGAAAAAUCCUUCCGAAAAUUCGGUAUUUUGCAACGAAAUCGAUUUUCCUACAUCAUUGACAACUAGCAUAGUGAUUUGUGAUCUACUCAUCUCAGUGUUGACCUACCGAUAAAAUUAUCGUGCUAUAUGAACUUUUGCGCAAGUUUUUGAGGUUAGGUUCCCCGCAUACAUCGUGGUUUUUUGAACUUUUUCGAAAGUUUUUGAGUUUGGGUUCUGCCUAUCCUUGGACUAAUUAUUGAGAAACAGUUCCAAUUGUUUCUAAGGAUGUGUUUGAUCAAAAAAUAUGUUUCAUUUUAACGUGUAUGGACUUAUCCACGGAGAUUCAAAGGACAUCAACUACCUGGUUGUCAUUUGCUGAAACAGAGCCCAGGGUUUGGGUGCUUUGAGAAUCAAGGAUCUUACAGCAAUAUUGUGAAGAUAAUUGUGGAUCAAUGCGAGUGUUCUGAGGCAAAACCGGUGAACCAGACACAGCUGCUUCAUCCUCAUGACGCCAACAAAGUGCAACUUUUAUAAAGAACCCUGAUUUAGCGAUCGAACAAGUGUGAGGAGUAAAAAGAACUUGUUUCAAGUGAAAACAAAACUUUUUGAUUGGUUGAUACAAGUAAUGAUUUAGUUGUGACAUUGGUUGACAUCGAUCUAGCUAGAGCAGGGCAUGUGCCAAGAAUGUCAAGUGCGGUGUCACGAGCCGCUCUCAGAGGCUCUAGGAGGCGAUCACAGGCGCACAGACUCUCACACGCGCACUCACAAAAGAAACGUAUCGGGCUCAGACAAGACCGACGAAUGAUGGACGACAAGUACAACACUACUAUGAACAAGGUGGAUGAGAUGGCAUCAUCAUCAUCGUCGGCAUCGCCGCACUACUCUCUGCGCUGGAACAACCACCAGUCGCAUCUGCUGACUGCGUUCGACUCGCUGCUGCAGAACGAGACACUCGUCGACGUCACCCUCGUUUGCGAGGAGACCAGCUUCAAGGCGCACAAAGUUGUCCUGUCUGCUUGCAGUCCUUAUUUUCAAAGGAUAUUUUCGGAAACACCAUGCAAGCAUCCUGUGAUAGUGCUGAAGGAUCUGAGAGGCUGGGAGGUGCAGGCGAUUGUUGACUUCAUGUACAGAGGGGAGAUCAGCGUCGGGCAGGAGCAGCUUUCGUCCCUCAUCAAGGCGGCCGAAUCUCUACAGGUGCGAGGCUUAGCACACACCGAACGCAUCCCGAUGUGUCCAUCUGAGAAGGAAAACCAGAAUCCGGCACCAUGCAUCUCGCCGUUCUCACAGCAGCCGACGCCCGGGGGUCUUCAGGGGGGGCCUCAGGGGACACAGGGGGGCACCACCGUGUCCCCCCACUUUGACGGGGUCCAGCCACUCCCCCUCCGGCUGCCCCAGCUCCCCCACAUGCCUCACAUCUCAUUCACUGAUGUUGAUCGACACUGCUCGUCACCUCUGCCUAGGAGGAAACAGGCACGACCAAGGAGAAGAUCGGGAGAUACAUCAUGCGGGGCCCAGGACCUGUCCAAGUGUCCACCCACCUCCCCCAUGGAAACUGAAAUGGCCGAAAACCUGUCAAUGAAGAAGCCCCACAAUAGUCACCAGCACAACAACAGCAGCAACAGCAGCAGCAACAACAACAACAACAACAAUAGCACAAGUAACAACAACAACAACCAUACGCUACCUCCGAACAGACCGAGCUGCUCGCCGACGCCUCCCUCCCAUCUAAAUCAGUCGAUGAAGAUGGAGAGCGAUGACUCGGACGCGGGUGACUCGCUGAGUCAGCAGAAUCAUCCGGUGGAGCUGACGACUGGCGUUGGCAGUGCGUUGGCACUUGCCGCGGUGGCCGCGAGCCGCGAGCACGAGCAUCGCGAGCAGCAACAUCGGGAACGCGAACGGGAACGUGAACGGGAACGGGAACGCGAAAGGGAACGCGAGCGGGAACGAGCCAACGACUACACCACCAACAGUUCCGAGCCGUUCAGUCUUCCUCCGCCACAUCAUAUCACUGGCUUACAGGAUCCUCUCGAGAAUUCAUUUCCUCAUCUGGCGUCAAUUUCAGCUCUAUCAUUGACACCUCCGCACAUGUUCUCUUUGGACUCACAUCUGGGACUGUUUCCGGGAAUGGAGAGUUGUAGGAAUUCACUUCUCAAUGACAUACCUGAAGUGCGGAAUGAGAAUCAUCAUAUAUCGGUGAAGAAGAAGCGAGGUGGCAAAUACGAUGUGGUGCCAUCAGUAGGUCGCCCCAAAGGCCAGCACAGCGCACCACGUGGGGGGCCACCCCGCUCCUGGACCAACGCAGAGCUCACUGAGGCACUGCAGCACGUCUGGAACAAGAAGAUGACCACAUCGCAGGCGUCACGCAUAUUCGGCAUUCCCUACAACAGUCUACUCAUGUAUGUCCGAGGCAAGUACGGCAAAUCACUCAAGCUCGAGCAGUUGAAGAAGGAAUGCUUCGGAGACCUGGGAGGACCGCUGGAUCUACUGGGGUUGGGGCCUCUAGCAUCCAAUAACAACAAUCCAACCAAACCACACAAAGGUCCCGAGCCGGAUCUGAUGCUCGGGCCGCCGGGAUUCAACCCCAGCCAAUACCCACCGACCAGCUUCUAUCCCGAUUUCGGAGCCCCAUUCCCAGUGCCUGUCGGCAUGGUGCAUCUGCUGCCGCAGUCCGAGAAGAACCGCGAACAAUCGGGACCAAUCGACUAUGCCAAGGAAGAACUGAACAGUCAGCGCAAUGACAUGAAUCCGAUCGAGUACACCAAAGACGACUCCAACAUUCGCAACAGUCCAAUGGCACUGGACUUUGCCAAAGACGACCCGGGCAUCCACCACAGCUCGCUUAAGGAGGAGGAGGAGGACGAGUGCCGCAAGAGUCCCGGACGACUGCACGUCGACGACCCGCCGCAGGCACAGCAACACAACGGACAGGACUGACAGUCAGCUUUCUUGGCAGACUGUUGAUGGGGCAUCGCUGCCGCCGCCGCAGCCUCGCCCUAUCACAAUCUAUCCAAAUUCUAAGCGAAUUCAAAGUGCAAAACAAAUCACAAACUACACAAAUUCAAGUGAAUGAAAAUAAAACAAUCUAGGUAUUACAUUUGUUGUGGAGCAAAAAAUAUUGUUUUCAAAGAAAACAACGAGAAUAAAGCAGCUAGGAUGAACAAAGAGUAUCCAGUGUCGUCGUUCUUCAAGUGCGAACUUUCAACACUUGAAUAAUGCGACGUUCAUGUGAACUUUGUAGAUAAUCUAUCGUUACUUAAUUUAGAUUAUGUACAUAGAUAAUAUAAUAACGAUAACUCGGAUUGGAAGGUGCGGAGUAUUUUAUAGAAAUUUUGGAUCAAGCAAACGAUGAUGAUAAAUAAUAAUAUUGAUAAUGAAAUAGAACCUAAUCGUCUAUCGCAUUGUACUCUGUUAGGCUACACAUUUUAUCAGGAUUUUUGUAAUACAGUUUGUUGUUGAAUAUGUAUCUGGAUGUAUAUUACUCUUAUAUAAAUAUAUACUUCACGUACUGCCAGUUAUUACAGAUUCCAUAUUAUAUUUACACACGCAGAUAUUGAAAAUAUACUAUUUUUAUAACAGUUAUUAUAGUACAGGUUUUAACAAUGUUUUUUGUAGCCAGCAGGGUACAAUGUUGCACUAUAUCUGAUGUUGUGUUUACAAACGAUUUAUGAGAAUGGUUAAUAAGUGUUUAUUUUAUAAGUGUUUGUUGAAACACUCAAUUUGGAUUCAUUAGCUACCAGACUACUCAAGUAAUUAUUAGUCCGGUAAAAAUGAUGAUUUUCUUCUGAUAUGACUGCUUUCAAGAUUAAAACUGCUUCCAAGAUUAUAGUAGGUUCCACAUCGUCAGUUAUCGAAAAAUCUCUUGGUGACAAGAUUCACCAUAAAUAUCAUUUGCUAAUAUAAAUAAAAAUAUAAAUCUGAGUACCCUUUUACCCUUUCAUUUAUGUUAAAAGUAGCCCUAGAGAAGAAAGAUAUUUGCUAAUAAUAUUCAAUUCAAUAUUAUCUACGGUUAAUACUUUGUCUGAUAUUUUUCUAGUGUGACUGGUGUUUUUCUAAUCACAAUCCAUUCCACCAGACAUUCAACCGAAGGAUUGUCAACGUAACUUGUGUCAGAUGAGAUUUGUUCCCAAAAGUCUAUUCAACUGCACAUCAUUGUGACAUUGUAACCAGGAGCUUCAAAUUUUUCUCCUCUCCACUCAACUUUCAAGAAUAAUCCUCUUUCUCUUAUUAAUCUUUCUCCUUCAAAAGAAAUUUCAUCUUCAUCGUCGUCCGAGCACAAUAAUAAUUAUUGUCCUUCAAUAACUUUUCUUCCUCGGCUUCUUCUUCGUCUUCAAAAUCAUUUGCUCAGUUUGGGGAUUUGAUAUGCAAGUGAACGUCUGUGGUCUAAUGCUAUAAUAGUCACCUGAGCAUUAGACGUUUGGCUCACCUCCCUUGCGGGGAGCGGGCAGAGGGGCAACAGGCUGGAACCAUAGCAUUAUGCUAUCUUCGCAUUUUUCUGUACAUUUUCCUUGGAUGUCAGCUUGCGAAUCUUCUUCAUUUUCUUUAGAUUUUCCGCUAUAUUUUCUUCUCUGGUCUAAGCAAUCUUGGCGUUUACUAUUGCGCCGUUCAUUCAGAUCUUCCCUUCUAAAGUCUUUAUAAUCUUGAAUUUUUGAUUCGAAUUUCUCCGAAACAUCUUGACAUUCCUUCCUGGAUUAAUAAUAUUAAAUGGUAAACCUCACAAAACAGUUGUGUCCAUGGUGUUCAUGCAUUCUUGAUUCAUCGUAACCAAGUUUUUCUUCUUCACGAGAAACCCUUCUGGUAUAACUGUAACUGGUUGUUCUCGUUUUCUAGAAUUUGAAGAUUCAUCUAAACAAAUGACUUAAUACACACUUCUGAAACACAAGAAAACCCAUGAAUAGAGAAAAAUGAAUUGUCCAGUGAUACACGCGUUGAAUAAAACAUCGUGAAGAAUUGGAGAGUAAGAAAGAGGAAGCACUAUGACAAGACAAGAUGAUCGAAAUGAAUACAUUUCUCUGGAUGACUUCAAAUUCUGAAACCUGAUUUGUCUUGAACCUAUUAACACUGUUAACAAUCUUGAAAAAUGCAGUUCAUAUACUAUAAAAUCAUUAUUUUUAAAGCUUUGUUAAUUUUUACGACUAUGUAGAUUUCAUUAAUUAUUUAUGGGGUAUUCAAUUGAUACUUGCAGGAAGUUCCACUAUUUUUUUUUUUACAAACUCUUUUGAUCGCAAUAUGAUCCAAGCUACUUAUUCCUAACAAAUUUAUAUUUAUUCCUGAUUCUUGUUCAUCAUAAUAAUUAUCAUCCCAUGUUGAAAAUCGAUUCUAUAGAAUUUUAACUCUUAUUCUUCAAGUUCCUAAUUGUAGCCACACAUCAAUUGAUUCACUUACGUUACUUUUGUACUUCUCAUCCAUUUGUAUAUUAGGCUAUUUAAUCCUAUUUUACUCAAUAUUAUUCUAUAAAAAUGACCUCAUUGGAAUGGAAACAUGUCUAUAUAUAGAAGUUGGUACCUAUACAAUGUAAUGAUGAUUUGAGUGAUCAUGCUCAAGAGAGGUUUAUGUGUUUUUGAGAGAGAAAGUUAAUACUGUUAUUGCAAUCAAUUGAAUACCUUAUAAUAAGCUCACAGAAGACUGACUUAGCAUGCCAAUGUUCCAAUAAUACUAUACAAGUGAUUUUAAUUAUGGUUUGUUUUGUCUCACAGUUUAUCGAAAGGAAUCAGUUACUGUCUGUUGUAUUCAUAACUACAGUUCCUCUUAAACAGAUAUUUAUACCAAAUAAAUCGUAAGUUUUAAGUUUCGAUGGUUAUACGAUUUUACAUACAAAAUCAUUGUAAGUGUUAGGAGUAAUUACUUAGGUAUUGAUUCAGUAUUUUGCAGUAUUGUCCAUUUUACAUGCCGUGAAUAAUUGAAAUAAUGAAUUUAUAGAUAAUAUAUCAUGAUGCUGGACUUGAACGUUGACCGAAUAUGAGGUAAUUUGAACAAUUUCGUGGUAGUAAUAUUAUUUAUAUUUUGACUGUCUGAUUGGUGCUGUUGGUAGAACUGGGCGCAUACCGUGCUGUUGGUAGAACUGGGCGCAUAGUUGAAGGACAAAAACUACCAGCCGAGAUGAUUGUGCAAAGCAAACUCUGAUUGAUUGUGAUUUUAAUUAGCAAUGUCUGUGUAAAUUUUGUUUAUACAUUAGUAGGGAAUAAUUGAGUCUGUUUUUAUAACGGACAUGUAAAAUUUAAAUGUAGAUAGACUAUAUUAUUGUGAUUAUUAUGGAAAAUCGAUAUAGCAUAUAUAUUAUAUAUAAACAGAUAUACACAGAUGUAAGAACAAUAUCUAUGGUAAUAAUAUGAGAAGAGUUAAGAUGAAGAUCCGUGAUAUUAAUUGUAACUGUUAUAACAUGUUUAUUUAUGUUCAAGCAUUUCUGUUAUUAGUUUUUUGAACAACAGUACAGAGAAUAUUAUUUUCUGUUCAUUUUUCAUGCUUUUUAUAAAUAGUUAUAAUUGCGUUACUCAAAAUAUCGUUCACUAUAUUUGAAAAGUGUGCUAAAAUGGCAUUAUUUUGCUUGAAUCCUACUUUGGUGUUCGACAUUCCUUUCUGUUACCAUUUUAUAGAAGAAAUCAAUGUCAAAGUAUUGAAUUCAAGUAUUAUGUAUUCUUGAUAAGUAAGGUGCACCAAUUAUAAUGUAACUAUCAUGAAUGCAUUAGAAGUUACACAAAAGUGUUAUAGUUUUAGUUGGUAGGUGAAAUUUUGUAGCCAAAAAUGUCUUUACCGUACCUUUCUUCGCGUUAUUGUACCAUACCUCUUUGAAAAAAUUACAUAGGCCUACCUCUAGAGACGUUCAUCAAUUUCAAGACGAUACCUAAUGUACAUACACUGUCUGUAUUACUUAACAUUGUAAAAAUAGAAUCUAUCUAAUUCACUCGAAAUGCAAAUCAAUUUCCAUAAAUUUACCAAAUUUUUCAAGUAUACCAAACUGUCACUGUAUAAAACUCAGUGUAAACUUUACAAAAUUUCAUAAUUAUAAUAUAUUGUAUGAAAUAGAAUUGACAAGCUUUUAUUUAUUGAAUUCUUCUUGAAACAUUUUAUGAUAAGAACCAAAGUUUUGUUGGAUUUUUCGAUAAUUUAGUAGCCUCUUUGUACGAGGCGAGACUUCAAAACUGAUCUCAAUACUAUAGAGAAUGACUCAAAAUAUCAAUUCUGAAACAAACCAUUUUGUUCACUUUCUUACAUUUAUUCCAUUCUGGUUAUUUUUGGUUCAGUGGCUAGGUGGUAAGUCAUAUUUUUCUUAUAUAUUGAAUAUAAUUUUCUUAUAUAUUGGUAUAUAUUGAAUUUCGUGUUCCCUUUAGAGUGUUUCCAAUGUGUAAAUAUAAUACUAAGGUGUAUGUACAUUAGAGUAUCGAAAAAUUUGAAGUUAAAAUGUGUAGAAAAUAUAAUUACUGCGUUCCAAAUUUCUGUGUGUUUAAACGAUAAACGCAAUCAACUGCAGAUUGUAGGCAUUCUUAGACUAAACGACAUUAUAUUAAAGCACUCAAACAUACUCAUACGUGAAUACCAUUAUAAUGUUAAUCGAGUGUUGGAUGGAAUAACCAAGUUUGUAAUAAAAAUAAUCAUUUAUAUUUUUUUAAUUAAUCACAUGAUGCAUACUUGUGCACAACCACAUAACAUUUGCAGGGUAUUUAACCCCCUUUCAUCGGGGGUGGCCUUCAACAAUAGAUACAGGUAUUUAGAUUAAGUUACAUAAUCCUGAUUCAUUAUUUCAUACAGAAUUAUUAAUAAAAACAAUAGAACACUGAUCUUUGAAUUUUUGUUUGAAUAAUUGAUUUACAAAAGUUAUUUGGUUAUUUAGUAAGAUAAAUGUCGAAAUGAUCAAUCAAACAUUAUUAACAUUAAAAUGGUUUCUUUCUACCUAUAGCAUAAUGAUUAAUGUAUAGGAGUAGAUUACAGUACAGUCAAUUUCUCCUCUAUUCAUGGAAAAUUGUUAGUGUUUGAAAAGUUAUGAGUAAGAAUAGUACGAUCAAACUCUUGAUAUUGUUUCUUCUCCUAGCAUCUGAUAAACUGCGACAAAUGUAUUGUGUGAAUGGGUUACCUUUUCUAUUUGAAAGUUUCAAUACUAAAAGAAUGUUGUGUCCUUCCUACCAUUAAUAUGAUGGUAGUUAAUCUUACAUUACUCUAUUGAAUAAAGUACGGCAGUGCAUAAUACUGUAUUUUUUCAUACUCAACUAGCUCUUGAGGAGAAAUUCUUGUAGAGAACUUGGAAUGAAAACUUAUUUUGCGCAUCAAUUAUAUUGUUGAACAAGUUUUUUUUUAGUUUGGAUUAGUGUUGUGUUUGUUUGCUCUUUAUCGUAAGUUACUGAUAGUUUAUAUUGAUAGUUUGCAGUUGAUAAAACUUUGUAAAUGUUGUUCCAAAUAUUUUUUGAUAUUCGAGCACACACGUCUAUUCUCAAUAUUCGAGUAUUUCAUCAAAUUUGUAUUGUGCAAUAUUUAAUUAAGGAAGUAUUUUUGUUUGUAAUAUUGAGCAAGUUUAUUAUUAUUUAUUUUCCAAUAAAUUGUUAUUUUUGUUAGAAGGAAUAAUCAUUACUCCACUGUAAUAUGUUGAACAUAUUUGAUAUUUCAAAUUCACAGUGAUUUUGUUGUGUACUUAAAAAUUUAGAAUAUAUAAUUCUUUUCAAUUUCAUCAAUUCAAUUAUUUUAUACACUAUUGAUGACUUAUUAUUCGAACACACUUUUAUGUAUGUGUGUGUUUUUACUUCAAAUACUUAUCCAUGACAAGAAAUGAGUGACUUUGUUUGAUUCAAGUUAUUUGUUACAUACAAGGCUGUGUGUAGUUUAAUAUAAACAUUCAUCUUUUUAUUCCUUUUCUCCCAUCAAUUACUAUUAAAGAAGGCUUUUUUUAUUCAAUAGGGAAUUAUUUGUGUUAUUUCUUUGAUGAGGAGUAUUGUUCAAAUGGAGGAAUGUGAAAGCUAAAUACUUGAGUGACCCUCAAAGAGGAUAAUUUAAUAACAAUGAUUCAAUACACAAAGAAAUUAUUUUGAACUGGCUAGAUUAAAUACGUUGAGCUUGGAUUUCCAAGUUUUUCAGAUUCUCCGUUUUAAUCCGAAUUUCCAUGCAGUAUUUUUCAUUUUUACUACCUUUAUAAAUUAUGCUUUCACUACAAGAUUCAAUAUUUAAAAAAAAAUGCUUUUUGGCAAUUUCCAUUUAAAAAUAUAAGAGUAAUUCAAUUUCCUUGAUUUUCUAGAUCCUCUAAGCAACGAGCAGUUCGUUAAAUAAAACUCGUUUAUUUCUAGUUCCUCCUAUACUAUUUCUUAUUUAAUUUGAAAUGUUUAAAAGUAUAUCUUCCUAGGAAAAAUAUUUAGUUGUUUUUUUGUAAAUUCUGAGAGUAAAUUAUUUUGUACAUAGUA